AUGCCGAAAUGCGGAAAGUACCGGAUGGAAAAGCAAAGUGCAGGAAUAUCUACCAUCUAUCCCAGUGACUCUGUGUCGCAUGCUGCCAACCCACCCCCAGCACGUUCAGUAGUAUCUACAACUGAAGCCCAGCCCCCCCAGCCCCGCUCUGAUCAAUACCCAUUUGAGAUUCUAUGGGAAUUUGAUGACUGCAAAAAGGACGAGGACGCUGGACUAACAGCUCAGAACCCCGCUUGA